AUGUCUUGCUUCAGCCGCUCUAAGUACAAGACCGGGGACCUGGUGUUUGCCAAGCUAAAGGGCUAUGCCCACUGGCCAGCGAGGAUCGAGCACGUCGCUGAACCCAACCGCUACCAGGUGUUCUUCUUCGGGACGCACGAGACGGCCCUGCUAGGCCCCAAGCACCUGUUCCCUUACGAGGAGUCCAAGGAGAGGUUCGGCAAGCCCAACAAGAGGCGCGGCUUCAGCGAGGGGCUGUGGGAGAUUGAGCACGACCCUAUGGUCGAGGCCUCCCCUUGCCUGGGCUCAGAGGAGGAGCAGCCCUGCGACCAGGGACCCGGGCAGGGGGAGGAGCCGGAGGAGCUGGAGGAGCCCGAGGAGCCGGAGAAGCCGAAGGAGGAGCCCAGGCAGGAGCUGGAGCCCGAGUCCCUACCUGACCUGGAGCCAGAGCCGGGGCCUGAGAGCGAGUGUGAGCAGGAGCCGGAGCCGCCGGAGCCGCCGGAGCCACAGCCUGCCUAUGGCCUACUGGACGCCGCGGAGGCCGAGCCGGGAGAUCAGGAGGCCGAGGCGGCGGGAGAUCAGCAGGCUGAGCAGGUGCUAGAGCAGCAGGCUGAGGCCCAGGCCGAGGCCGAGGAGGAGCCAGGGCGUCUGAAGAGGAGCGCGGCGGAGGAGCAGCCGCAUGAUGCCCCCAAACGGCCCAGGGAGGCGGAGCCCGGCCCACUGGAGAUGGAGCCGGCUGGAGAGCGCGAGGCUGAGGCCUGCCCCAUCUUGGAGGAGCCUGACCAAGCCCAGGAGCAGCAGCCUUCGCUGGAGGAGGAGGCCACAGAGGAGGCGGUCCAGGCCCUGAUUGGUGGAGAAAUCGAAGGCCUGUAG